AUGCCUACUCUGGGCUUCCUCAAGAAGAAGCGGACCAAGGACUCGAACGGCUCCAAGGACCUUGAUUCGCCGACUUCGCCCAUCAAGGACAGCCACUCGCCCAUUACGCCCACGACCUCGCGCAAGUCAGGCUCCUUCCACCUCCAUAAGACGAAGACGAACGAGUCUCUCACCAAUACUGUGAGCAACACCAGCACCACGGCCCCGGCCGCGCCUGCCGCAAACAGCAAGCCGGCCGACUCGAUGAACCCCGCCUACGCCCAACAGCAGCAGCAGUUUGGCGCCAGUCCCCAGUCCAACCCUACGCCAUCGCACAAUGUCCCCAGCAUACAGAACCUGAUACACCCCAACAACACCAGCUCGCACCAGUCGGCCCCUAAGAAUGGCGGCGCCGUGCAGUUUCAGACCCAGCCGCUCAACCAGACCCGUGUCACCAAGGGCAAGUACUCGCUGACCGACUUCACCAUCCAGCGGACACUCGGCACGGGCAGCUUUGGGCGAGUCCAUCUUGUCCAGUCCAAGCACAACCAGCGCUUCUAUGCCGUCAAGGUGCUAAAGAAGGCCCAGGUGGUCAAGAUGAAGCAGGUCGAGCACACCAACGACGAGCGGCGCAUGCUGCAGCAGGUCAAGCAUCCGUUCCUGAUCACGCUGUGGGGCACCUUCCAAGAUUCCAAGAAUCUCUACAUGGUCAUGGACUUUGUAGAAGGAGGUGAGCUGUUUAGUCUGCUGCGAAAGUCCCAGCGCUUCCCGAACCCCGUUGCCAAGUUCUACGCCGCAGAGGUUACGCUCGCGCUCGACUACCUGCACUCGCACAAUAUCAUCUACCGAGACUUGAAGCCCGAGAACUUGCUAUUAGACCGCCACGGUCAUCUCAAGAUCACUGAUUUCGGUUUCGCCAAAGAGGUCCCCGACAUCACAUGGACACUUUGCGGUACGCCUGAUUACUUGGCGCCAGAGGUUGUUGCGUCAAAAGGCUACAACAAGUCUGUCGACUGGUGGUCGCUUGGAAUUCUCAUCUUCGAAAUGUUGUGCGGUUUCACUCCCUUCUGGGACGGUGGUUCACCCAUGAAGAUUUACGAAAACAUCCUCAAGUCGAGGGUGAAGUACCCACCAUACAUCCACCCCGACGCACACGACCUGCUGCAGAAACUCAUCACACCGGAUCUCACCAAGCGACUGGGCAACUUGCACGGCGGAAGCAAGGACGUUAUGAACCACCCCUGGUUCGCCGAAGUGACAUGGGACCGACUACAAAAGAAGGACAUUGAUGCACCCUACGUGCCCCCUGUGCGAGCUGGCGUUGGCGAUGCCAGCCAAUUCGAUAAGUAUCCGGAGGAGACGGAGGCAUACGGUCAGGCAGGAGAUGACCCUCACGGGCACCUAUUUCCCGACUUUUAA